AUGUCCGACCCCAUUCCAUCUGCAAGUGCAGAUCACGAAGGGCUGGAGCAUCCACAUCCAGCCAACGCCGAGGACCGAAAAGCCGCCGCUGCACUCUCCUCCCUCCAUACCAAUGAAAUCGGCGCCACCGCUAGCCCCACCCGGGCUCCAUCUAGUGCAGACCAGGAAGCUUUGGGUAAAGCUAUGAGCCGGCUCGAGAUUGCUUCAGGACAUCACGCGGGAAAGAAGCAGCCUGGGGAGACUCUGAAUAAUGGAGUGGAAGUGAAAAAGAAGGCGGUUAAGAUUUCGGCAGCGGAUGUCACAUUCUUGGUGGAUCAGUUAGACUUGUCCAAGAACAAGGCGACGGAGUUACUGAAGUCUAGUGAGGGGGAUGUCACUCUUGCUUUGAGAGCUUUCAUCACACCGUCUUUUUAG